AGAUUGUAAAUUUAGCCUAUCAACUUACAAGUUACAACCCAACUAAAUACUUUGCUCUGAUUAGCAAUCAUGGCAUUGACAUUACAAGCCAACGGUGAUCUCAUGGACUUUGGGAUGUCAGCAAAAGCUGAUGCCCUUAUGAAAGUGCACGAGGCGGCUGUGACUCGGGAUUACAUUGCCCAGCCUCGAAUGACCUACAAAACAGUUACCGGUGUUAACGGACCUCUUGUUAUUCUGGACAAUGUUAAGUUCCCCAAGUUUGCUGAAAUCGUGUCUUUGACACUAUCUGACGGCUCUGUAAGGAGUGGACAGGUUCUUGAGAUAAGUGGAUCUAAAGCGAUUGUGCAAGUGUUCGAGGGGACCCCUGGUAUCGACGCUAAACACACCACAUGUGAAUUCACAGGGGACAUCCUCAGGACUCCAGUUUCUGAAGACAUGUUGGGUCGUAUGUUCAACGGAUCCGGUAAACCUAUUGAUAAUGGACCUCCGAUCAUGGCAGAGGAUCUCCUAGAUAUUAUGGGACAGCCUAUCAACCCUUACGCUAGAGAAUACCCCAGAGAGAUGAUACAGACAGGUAUCUCAGCUAUUGAUGUGAUGAACAGCAUCGCUCGAGGUCAGAAGAUUCCCAUUUUCUCCGCUGCUGGUCUACCUCAUAACGACAUUGCUGCUCAAAUUUGUCGACAGGCUGGUCUUGUUAAAACUGCUGAUAAAGGUAUUUACGACGAUCACGAGGACAACUUUGCUAUCAUCUUCGGUGCUAUGGGUGUGAACAUGGAAGCAGCCCGGUUCUUCAAACAAGAUUUCGAAGAGAGCGGUGCUAUGGGCAACGUGGUGCUGUUCCUGAAUCUCGCUAACGAUCCGACUAUCGAGAGGAUCAUCACCCCCAGGAUUGCUCUCACUACUGCUGAAUUCCUGGCAUACCAGUGUGAGAAACACGUCCUCGUUAUCUUGACUGACAUGACUUCUUAUGCUGAGGCCCUCCGUGAGGUAUCAGCAGCAAGAGAAGAGGUGCCAGGUAGGCGAGGUUUCCCAGGUUACAUGUACACAGAUCUGGCUACUAUCUACGAGAGGGCUGGGCGUGUGACGGGACGUAAUGGCAGUAUCACUCAGAUCCCUAUUCUUACUAUGCCUAACGAUGACAUCACCCAUCCUAUCCCUGAUUUGACGGGAUACAUUACUGAGGGACAGGUGUACGUAGAGAGGCAGCUUCACAACAGACAGAUUUACCCUCCAAUAAACGUGUUACCCUCCCUCUCCCGGCUCAUGAGAUCUGCUAUUGGCGAGGGCAUGACCAGGAAGGACCACUCUGAUGUUUCUAACCAGCUGUAUGCUUGUUAUGCUAUUGGUAAAGAUGUCCAGGCUAUGAAGGCUGUGGUCGGAGAAGAGGCUCUGUCUGCUGAUGAUCACAAAUAUUUGGAAUUCCUGUACAAAUUCGAGAAGAAAUUCAUUUCACAGGGUGUUUAUGAAAACAGGACAGUAUUUGAAUCAUUGGACAUUGGCUGGCAACUACUUAGAAUCUUCCCCAGGGACAUGUUGAAAAGGAUUCCCCAGACGACACUGGACGAAUACUACGACAGAGCCCCUGACACAGCCGCCGGAGCAAAUGCUGAGGAUUAGUGACCACACUGCGGUCAGAUCGUAGAUUAUGAGGAGCAUGGACUUUUAAAUUCUUGACACUGGCCCCGGCGGAGUAUCUGGUUUAGAGUUGAUCCCUGCCGUCUUCUGUGUUUUAUUUAUAGAAUUAGAAUUAGCUAUUUUCUCAUCCUCCCUCGAUGUUAAGGAUUCAGAUGUAAUCUUUGGUAUCAGUAACUUAUCGCAGUUCUUAUAAUAUUAAUCAACAAAAUACUGAUCGGAUAUUAUAAAAAGGGAUGAAUAUGAUACUUGAUAGUACAGAAAUGAUUAGCACUACCAAGACCGCAGGCGGUCGAGUGUUAUAUUUUAUUGAAUUCUGAUGCUUAAUGAUUGUGAUUAAUGAGAUGUUGAAUUUCCUUUAAUGUUUUGUAAGUGUAGAUUCGAUGAAUUUCCUAAAUACCAAA